AACCCAAAUACUCACUUGUUACAGCCGUAGACUAUACAAGUAGCUAUGAGCAAGCAAAAUCGUGAUGAUGACUCUAUGCUAGAGUCGUAUACGUAUGUCUGGUCUCCGGAAUCAACCUUGGCUCUGGAGGAAUUCCUGGGGAAAUACAGACCAUCCAUGGUUCAAGACGAUGGUAAUAAACCUUGGAUAUGGGUGAAGGGCUCCAAAAGUGCCAAGGAAGAGCCAGAGCAUGACGCUGCCGUUGAGGAAGCCACUGAGAUGUUGAAGGAAAUCACAGAGAAAGUAGAGAAGAUCAAGAACGACGCUUCUAUCCCGACUCGCUCCAAUAAGAAAACCGGAGCAAUAAGCAAGAAGGAACUGCGCGAGCAGGUGCAAGCGGAGGCUACUGAAAGACUGAAAGCUAUCUCCGUCAAGCACGGUGUUGUCUCCGGCAAAUGGUUAAUUUUUGCGCCUGCAGACAAAGUAGAUCAGAUAUGGACGAAGCUGGCAAUCUCUCUCGUCUCCGGACCCCUGGCUGCAACGCCCGCCUAUCGUGCCAAAGUUGCCACGUCUCCUCGGAGCGAGACUCCCAAUCAUCAGCAUGUCAUAUGCUUGUACAUGCCCGACGUGUAUGACGAGCAAGCCGUUAAAGAGGUAAUGAAAGUACUCCUAAGGAAUCACGGCCUGAACUUGAGUGGAGUCAAGUCCAAUCUAUACACCGCCGUCGGUAUCGAUAGCAAACAUCCGAGCGGUAUCCAGUCGACGGUGUGGAAAAACACGAGUUUGAUGAAAGACUCGGAAAUUAAGCAACUCAAAGACGCGUUCUUCGCGGAAAUUGAUUCCUCCAAGCCGUCGGGCGAGGAAAAAGUGCAGGGUGAGACAUCCAAGGAGUCCGCACCUGCCAAGGAAAAGCCCAAAUUCAAGGCGAAAAAGGAAGCGGCCGAGGCUAACAUUUUUGUCUCGGAUGACGAGGGCGACGGUGCUGCUCCCGCACCAGCAAAGAUGGCACCAACGAAGAGCAGAAAACCUGCCCCGAAAUUCAAAGCUUCCGUUAAGGCUGCCCGGGACGAUCCUUUUGCUUCGACCGAUGAGGAUGACGACGAGGCAAAGCCAAGCGCAAAGUCUGACGCCAAGGGUAAGAAAAGGGCAGGACGUAGCAACGUCAGCAAGAAGGAGUCCCCGGAGAGCGCCUCGAAUGGGAGUGACGACGAAGCGGGGGAACGGCCCACGAAGAAAAGAAAGAAUGGAGGCAAGUGAUAUGGACCUAACUGCCUUCGUCCGCGAUCAGUUCUGCCGACAGUUUCAUCGAUAUUCUAUGAGCCUUCAAUGCGUUGUACCGAGCCAUAUUCGAAUAUGAAUGCAGCUACAUUGCAUAUUAUAGCAUGUGACGUGCCCGCGGUGUUGGAGGAAAUACAUGUGUAUGGGAAGUUCUC